AUGUCGAUCGACAUACGAGCCGCCUUGGGACGCCGGGCAAGUGGCCCCUUCAAAGCACAAGGAGCGGUGCUGGGCGGUAUCCCGAAUGCCACACUCGAUGUGCCAAUCACGGUGGUCUUUCUGAUGCUCUUCCUAAUCGGUGGCGCCUUCCACUUCUAUACACACGAGAUAAAUAGGAAGAGGCAGCACAAAUUCCAUUUAUCAGCCUUGAUGUUCGAUUUCUGUCUCGUGCGGACGAUCACUUGCACGCUGCGGAUAGUCUGGACUUUCAAGCCGGACAACAAUAGUCUUGUUCUUACUGCUAUGAUUUUUGAGAACGCAGGCGCAGUUGUUCUGUUCGCGGUUAAUGUUAUCUUCACUCAACGCAUUAUCCGGGCGCUACACCCCGAUUUUGGCUGGAAACCCUUUCUAAACACAUUCUUCCUCUUUAUCAUCUCAUCCGUCCCUUUUAUUAUCGUCUACAACAUCACCUUUACCGUCGUCUCAUCUUACUCCCAGAGUGCCGUGGUCGAAAUCGUCGUUCACGGUUUUCUCCUCUUCGGUCUCUCCUACUCCCUCGUCUUAUCGAUCAUUCCGAUUCUAUUUAUCGUUCCGGCGCUAUUUGUGCCACGGAGCAUCCCUAUUGAACGAUUUGCGCAUGGGAGAUUCAGAAGCAAGAUUGCGAUUCUUCUUAUCUCGACUGUUCUACUGUUCGCCGGCGCCAUUGUGAGAUUAAUUUCAGCCGUUCUCAAGAACCCAGCAAGCAAUCCUGGAGCUAUCGAAAGCGAAUCAGUUUUCUAUAUCACAGGCUUCACAUCCGAAAUCAUCGUAGUAAUUCUAUACGCCGUGUUACGCAUCGAUCGUCGGUUCUGGGUACCAGACGGCGCAAAGGGGCCAGGAGACUAUAAUCGUGUCCAGCGAGGGGAGGGGGAGAAGUCCUACCAGGACCUCAAGAGCCCAUAUGGCCAUUACAGCGCAUACAUGGAUAUGAGUUCAGCCUGUGGGAGUCCGAAAAGUCCGGGAAGAGAAACCCAGGCUUGGUUUGGAGAGGCCAAUCUGAUCACGAAGCCGACGAGGGAGGAAGUUAGGACUGUCAUUCACAGCCUAGGGUUUCCGGCGGAGACUGUGGGCAUGCCGAUGGAUUGUGGGGAUGAUGAGGAAAUUUUGCUGUAUGCGUUCAGGGUGAAGAAGCUGGCGAGGGAGCAGACGCCGAAAAUGGUGCUGCGGCAGAGUGGCAGGAACUCGUACUGGAGCGUUGACACUGCUUGCGAACAACAGUCUAUGAUGUGA